GCCCAGCAGCAGUCCUCUGGUACUUCGCUGUUCGGUAAUGCAAACAACAAUAACAAUACUCAAACCUCGCAACCUGCACAAACAACCUCGCUGUUUGGCCAGGCCCAGCCCGCGCAAUCAAAUACCACUCCUUCUCUUUUCGGCGGCGCAGCACAGCAGAACCAACAGAACCAGCAACACAGUCUGUUCGCGCAACCAACCAACGAACAGAACCAGCAACAGCAGCCUGGCAUGUUUGGAACCAACAACGCAAACUCUCUGAGCGCUUCCUUACUCAGUGCUUCCAUGUCCGCCUUGCCCUCAGCUCUCUUGAACAAGCCUACAACUAUCGGGUUCAAUCAACAGUCUAUGGCUCCUCCACGCGACAAGACCAUUCCUCAGCAAAUCGAGGCCAUCUCUCAGAAAUGGAAUCCCGAAACUGCCGAAUGCCUCAUGCAACACUACUUCUAUGUCCAAGUACCUCCGGAACAGACACCCUUUAUUAGCAUGCCACCAAACGCCGAUGAACGCGAGUGGGAAAAAGCUUUGCGCAACAAGCCUACACCAGGAUCUGUACCCGUCAUCGCAAAAGGAUUCGAAGCUCUGGGCACGCGUCUGAAGACACAAGUGGAAGCAGUCAAGCAAUUGCAGAUGCGCCUGCACGAGAUGAACAACAGUCUGGGGGCUAUGAUGCAAAAGCACGAAUUGGUGUUGAGUGUAAGAGCGGCAGAAGCAAAGAGAAAGCACAUUGGUCUGAGUCAAAGAUGUCUUGCGCUGGCAGUUCGCGCUCAAGUGCUCGCCAACAGAGGAUUCGUGCUGGAUGGGGCUGAGGAAGAGCUGAAAAAGAAGUUGGCAACUCUGGAGAAGGCGGUCUUUGACCCAGCCUUCUCAGGCAGAGAAGAAGAGAUCUGGGCACGCAUGGUGGCCAUACGGGAAAGAACAAGAUGGUUGCAGGAAGAGAGCGAGAAGCUUGGUCGUCAGGCAACUGGAGAGAAUGGUGGACUGGAUGAGCAGGUGAUUGAGAAGACCAAGAAGAUCCUUCAAGAUUACGACACACAGAUCCAACACUUGCGCAAGGAGCUGGACCAGAUCAAGAAGGAGUAUGAGGAAUGGGAG